UCUCGCGCGACUUCGUUUUGCUUCUUUCAGCGGCUGACUGCGCAGUGGCUUGCUAGCGAUUUCGAACGGGGUAACGUCAUUUUGUGCGAACUACAAACGGGCCUGGAGAGGUUUUCGAUAUUUUCCCACAGCAGAUAAUGGCUGAUACAGAUCCCAAGUCCGUGCAAGACUUCACAAAUGUGGUCCAAACCUUGCUGCAACAAAUGCAAGACAAGUUCCAGACCAUGUCAGACCAGAUCAUCGGAAGGAUUGAUGAGAUGAGCACAAGGAUUGAUGACUUGGAGAAGAACAUUGCAGACCUGAUGACCCAGGCAGGCGUAGAAGAAAAUGGGGCAACGCCUGAAAAGCCGAAAGAAGGUCAAGGCUCCUCAUGAAGGUCCAGAGACAAAACGACAAAACAGCCUGAUCCGAUGUACUGGGGCAGCAAAAUUCCAAUCCUGAAAAUGACAUUGACUUGUGUGAUGUUUUUUUUUUUUUUUUAAUAUAUAUAUAUAUAUUAACUGUUGUGACAAAUGGUUGUAUUGAUGUAAAGACAAGUGGAAUGUUAUUUGUAAGACAGAAAAGUGUGUUUUGGCCGUUAGAACUUUAGUAGUGCAAGAAUCCAAACUGACAGGGAUGUUGCCCUAUAUCAUCAUAUAUUCUUGUCAAAUGAAAUGCUGGCUGAUUCAGACACUGUUGCCCAGGCCUGUCAUGACUACAGAGCCACCAGAAAGUAUUCACACCCCUUCGCUUUAUCCACAUUUUGCUACGUUAGACUUAUUCUAAAGCUGAUAUGAGUAUAGUUUUAUUUAAAAAAAAAAAAAAAUAUCCCAUAAUGACAAAGUAAAAUGUAGACAGUUGUGCAAAUGUAUUGAAAAUGUAAACAUAGCUCCAUAAGUAUCCUGCCCCCUUGGCUUAAUGUUUUGUUGAAGCAAUCACAGACUCAAGUCCACUUGGGUAUGUCUCUACGAGCUUGAAACACCUGUUUUGGGGCAUUUUCUCUGCAGAUCCUCUCAAGGUCACUCAGGUUGGAUAGGCGGUGUCGGUGGACAGCCAUUUUUAGGUCUUUCCAGAGAUGUUCGAUUGGAUUCAAGUCUGGGUUCUGGCUGGGCCACUCAAGGACAUUCACAGGCUGCUCCUGAAGCCACUCCAAUGUUAUCUUGGCCGUAUGCUUUGGGUCAUUGUCGUGUUGGAAGGUGAAUAAACACCCUAGUGCUCUAGAGCAAGUUCUCGAAUUUCUCUGUAUUUGGCAGUGGUCUUACUCUCUAUGCGGACUAGUUGCCCAUUUCCUGCAGCAGAUAAACAGCUCCACAGCAUGCCACCACCAUGUUUCACAGUAGGGAUGGUGUUAGCCAGGUGAUGAGCAGUGCCUCUUCUUCUCCAGAUAUGAUGCUUGCAAUUGAGGCCAAAAAGUUCUAUUUUGGUUUCAUCGGACCAGAGAAUUUUAUUUCUGGGGGUCCGAGAAUCCUUAAGGUGCCUUUUAGUUAGAAGUGGCUUCCGUCUGGCCAUUCUACCAUAAAGGCCUGAUUGGUGGAGUGCGACGUCACUGAUGGUGUAGUGGUACACUCACUUUGGUGCGGGCAGCGCGGGUUCAAUUCCCACUCAGUGACGGUGCGAAUGGUUGUCCGUGUCCAUAUGUGCCCUGCGACUGACUGGCGACCAGUUCAGGGUGUAGUCCGCCUUUUGCCCGAAGUCAGCCGGGAUAGGCUCCAGUGCCCAGUGACCCUAACCAGGAUAAGCAGUGUUGAAAAUGGAUGAUGGAGUGCGUUAACUGGUUCUAUCUCCGCAAGGGAACGCUGGCGCUCCGAGCGCCUUAGUGACCAUGGGGUUCUUGUUCACCUCUGUGACCAAGGCCCUUCUUUCCCGGUUACUCAGCUCGGUCGGACGGCCAGAUCUAGGAAGGGUCCCGGUGGUUCCAACUUCCAUUUUCGAAUAAUUGAGACCACAGUGCUUUUUGGGACCUUCGAUGUUGCUGAAAUUCUUUUGUAGCCUUCCUCAGAUUUGUGCCUCGACACAGUCCAGUCUCAGAGGUCUGCAGACAGUUCGAAUCCAUUGCUAGGUUUCCGCUCUGAUACGCACUGCCAAUUGAGACCUUAUAUAGACAGGUGUGUGCCAUUCCAAAUGAUGUUCAAUCAACUGAAUAUACGACAGGUGGACCCCAGUUUCAGAAGCAUUUCAAGGAUGAGCAGUGGAAAAGAGAUGCGCCUGACCUUAAAUUUGAGUGUCAUAGCGAAGAUGUGAAUACUUAUAUACCCGUUUGAAUGUUUACAUUUACAGAAAUGUCUGAAAAUGUUUUUACUUUGUCGUCAUGGGAUAUUUUAUGUCAUUUCUUUUACUCAAAUCACCUUGAUAAAAACUAACAGCAAAAUGAGGAAAACAUGAAGAGGUGUGAAUACUUUCUGGUGGCACUGUAUGACUUUGCAGGCUAAUAGAAUUAACAGCUGACGCCUGCAUUUUUUGACAGGCACUGUUCAUGAGCCGUGAGAUGCAUUCCUCUUCACAGAUUUUCUAUCAAAUAUUUAAUAAAAUGCUGUUGAAUUACAUAGAACAUAUUUGGUGCUAGGUGCUUUUAAAGACGAUCAGGUGGUGCUUUUUGUAAACUAUUUUACAAUGCAAAUAACUGCAUGGUACAUGUUCUCUGUACAGUAGAGGCAAUCCAAAUAAACUGGGUGUUUAAUUGAAAGACA